GAAACGCGGCUCGCCAUGGAGCGGCCCUACUGGAGGAGCUCGGCUUGGGGAGGGAAGGCCCCGCGGAAGAAGCGGCGUUCGUCCCCGCUGCCCGGCGAACUGCCCACCGCGGGGCGCUCCGGGGCGGCGCAGUGCCGGCGGCGGCUGUUCGGCAGCGUGCGGCGCGGGGAGCCGCAGCCCGGCUGCCCAAAGGGAAAAUGUGCUGUGAAAACCUUACCAAAAAUCAAGGAGAAUCUUGAAGUCACCCAAGGGAGCCCCUCCUCCAACCAAAGUUAUAGCACUCAAGUGAAUGUGAAAGAAAUGCCAUUCUUGGGAAAGAAUGAAGAGGAUGUGGAAGGCAGCACGGUACUGCUGAAGGAAUCUCCAGUAAUCAACUUUGAAAGUAAAGAGAGCCUGAAAAACACUGAUGUUACUUCAGGCACAGGGAUGACUCUUCCUACAGGUGUUUCAGAUUUUCUCCUCGAAUGUUUAGAUGCAGAUUCUUCUGCAGAUCGUGACACAGUUGCUACUGACACCACAGAAAGUUUCCCAUCCCCUGAAACGUUAAGAGAUGAGGAACGUUCAGGGGCAAGUAAUCCUGACUUCGAGGACUUUGUGAAAUGCAAGAACUCCACUCUUCUGGACUGCAGCAGAGCAGUGGCCAUAGAUAAGAUACUACAGAUCUCAAAUCUUUCACCAAUAUUAGAACCUGUAUUGGAAGAUUGUAAAGACCAGUGCAUAAAAAGAAAGAGACCCAAAUGCAAUUACAGUUCUUCAGAACUGAGUGUUUCAACUACUGUGGCAGGGAAAAAAAUCUGUAAAAUUACAACUGCAAGAGAGAGAACUCCAGCCCUAAAAAGUGGCACGUGCUGUUCUUCACCAGUAGGAGCGGAAAGAAAGCCUGACAGUCGGACUGCUGAACCCAAAAGGCUGAAGAGCAUCAGAAAAGAAGAGUUGUCUGAUCUGUUAGAAGGUAAUGCAUCACCUUGUGGUCGGCUUGAAUCUGCCCCAGCAGAAGCUUCAGCCAAAUCAGUGAAGGUGACAACAGAGGUUCUGCCCUCUGGACAGACAGAUGAUGCAGUGGGCAUGAGACAAAAAAGUGAACACUUGAAAUUCAGUACUUCAGCUCUAAAACCUGUUAAUUACUUUCAGUGGAGUUGUCACGAAGCAGGGUGGUGUACCAAGAGAAUACUGUAGGAACAAUACAGCAAGCAUCUGAUCUGGAAUGCCUCUGUCUUAUCAAAUGAGUUUUGCAACACUGAUCAUGGAGAAGAAUAAAUGUCCUAGAUGUGUCUAUCCUGAUGUGCAUUUCUGGUGAUUAAAACCGAACCAAUCAGUCUUCAUUGUGCAAUCUAAUUCUGGCUGUUCUUAUGGUACAGUUUAAGUUGCGCAGCAAACUGAAAUUCAACCAGCUGAACAGUGUCAGAUGUUUUAUAACGUCUUCCAAUAGAAAAUCAGCACUUGGUAGCCUUAGUUGUGUUUCCUCUUUGUUCUAAACAAACUUGCUGUUUAAUGCCAAGUUGGGUUUUCUCUCAGUAAAGGCAGUACUGCCACUUCUCUCAGCACUGGAAUGGAAGUGAUGUCUCUUGCUUUUAUGCCAUAGCUCUCAACAAGUCUGCAGAUUUGUGGGUUUUUUUUUUUUUCCCUAUGGUUUUAUUGAGAACUGUUUCAAUAGAAAGACUUGCACCAGGUAAUUUGGAAGGAUUUGAGUUGUAGAAUUCGAUACGUUAUUGUGAACAAGCUUUGAUUUAUGGGCACUAGAUUAACAGAGGACAUCAGGGUCUUGUUAGAGGCAGAAAACAAGAAUCAUUUAAGAUUAGGAGUCCUAAAUCAUAUUUUUGAAGCAAUUAAAACAGUCUUUUGCAUGAGCCAACGGAUGUUGGCCAGUUUGGCCAUUUGUCUGUCAUGUAAUUGGGCAGUUAUUGCUGCAUAUGUGGUGUUUUGGAGAAAUUAUAGCUUAGCUUGUCACCAGUGUGCAGAGUUUCAUCAGGGGAAGAUUUGUCCCUGAAUACCACAGGUCCCAGUGUCAACUCAGAAGAAACUGUUCCUGGGUCUUUGAGCUCAGCAAAAGAAGUUCUUCCUCCAAGUCCAGAAAAAAAGGUUAUUUUCUUUCAGGUUCUGAUGUAAUUGCACUUUGUAAGUCCAGUCCUGGCACAUGUGUAUACAGUGCUGUUGUUAAAACCUUACAGCAUGGCGAGCAGUUGAAGACUGUUCAAGCUUUGAAACUUUCUGUCUCCCAUUCCUAUUGCAUGUUAAUGGUAUGCAAGUCAGUCUUAAAUGUUUUCUGGUGACAUCCCUUCAAUGUCCCCCUGCUUUCUUUGUUCCAUGCUUUUUGAAUGUCCCUGGACAUUCUAGAAGAACAUCUCUUCAGUUGUGUGAAUGAAAUGUCAUCCA